GUGGGCGCUCUCGCCGCGGCGCGGGGAGUUUGGAUCCCGGUGCCGGCCCUUCCUUGCCUGUUGAGGGAGGAUCAUGGCUGCAGUUCCCCAAAAUAAUCUACAGGAGCAACUGGAGCGACAUUCCGCCAGAAAACUUAAUAACAAAUUAAGCCUUUCAAAAUCCAAACCUUCAGGUUUCACUUUCAAAAAGAAAACAUCUUUUGAUACUGAUGUAUCUAUAACCAGUGUGUCUGUAGCUAAAACACCUGUGUUGAGUGAUAAAGAUGUUAACAUUGCUGAGGUCUUUUCCUCCGGUGAGCCUCUACCUCGCACCCCAAGUCAGCAGACAAGUCUCCAUGACUUCUUUACAACUGCUCAAGGGAGACAGCAAGCCACGAGAAGACACUCAAAACCCAUGCCACCAGAUUUCUUGCAGACCCCACAGGAAAGUGUAUAUACUGCCCAAGGCACGCUGGCUACAAGGGAGGCCCAGGAUGUCACUUUCAAGAAAUUGGAGUUCAAUUCUUCAACAGAUUCUGCGAUGGCCAUCGAUGAUUGGGAUGACAUGGAUGACUUUGAUAUUUCUGGGACUUCCAAAGCCUUUGUUACACCACUCAGAACUCACAACAUAAGAGUGAGCACUGCUCAGAAAUCAAAAAAGGGCGAGAGAAAUGUUGUACAAGCACAGCUUCAUAAAGCAGAUAUGGUAAUGGCUGAGGUGACUCCUUCCUCUGCUGAAAGCAAGCAAGUGGAUUUGAUCGAAGAACAGGACGAUGACUCAGAAUGGUUAGGUAGUGAUGUAAUUUGCAUAGAAGAUGAGCUUCAAAGUGAGGAGACUCAGGACAGUAACUCUUUAAAAACUCAUUUGGACGAUAAAAGAGAUAAUAGUGAAAAGAAGACAAGCUUGGAAGAAACUGCAUUACAUCCAAUUGAGAAAUCUCCAUGUGUUGAGCUAGACGAGGAUGAUUGCUGUAUAGAUUUUGUUCCACCUUCUCCAGAAGAAGAAAUUAUUUCUGUGGGCUCUUCCUCAUUAAAAACCUUAAGUGUGAUAAAAGAUCUUGAUUCCUCGGAUGGAACGAAGGAUGUUCUUAGCACAUCUGAGAAUGUUUUGUCCAAACCUGAGGAAAUGACCACACGACAGCCUCAUCAAGGAACCAGGACAGUCUGUCACGCUAAGCAGUUAAGUGUACAGCAGCAGCUUAUCCGUGUGAUGGAGAACAUCUGUAAGUUCGUUGAUACCAUCCCUGAAGAUAAACUGAGAGCUUUGGAUUGUGGGAACGAGCUGCUUCAGCAGCGGAACAUAAGAAAGGAACUCCUCGCUGAUGCAGAUUUGAACAGAAGCAAGGCCGGUUUUCUGGGCCCACUGUGGCGCUGCAGGCCUGAUCUACUUGAUAGCCCUGUGGAAGGUGUGACAUUUUCACAGGGGGAGAGCUGCCCUACAGAGAAUUCUGUUAAGGAGUUACACUUCCCACACUUUCCCUCAAAUGUUGUCUCCACUGGAGAGUGUUUACCAACUACUACCCCAGGAAGGACCGGAUUCUCGGCCACUGCUAAGAAUUGCUUUGACAGACCGCUAUUCAGUUCCCAUCUACCGAAGUCCUUUGUAAGUAGCAACUGCACUGCAACACCAAAGAGCGACGAAAGAUAUGAAAGCACCUGUUUCCCGGAAAAUGUUCUCACAAGCACUGCUGUGAAAGACCUGAAGAAAUACCCUAUCCCAACAAAUGGCUUAGAAAGAAGGGACGGUUCGGAAACCCAGGCCUUCUAUCAUACUGAUCACUUUGACAUAGAAGACUUCGAUGAUGAUGAUGAUGAAUGGGAAAAUAUAAUGCAUAAUCUAACGGCCAGCAAAUCUUCCACAGCUGCCUACCAACCUAUUAAGGAAGGGCGGCCAAUUAAAUCUUUAUCACAAGGAAUGUCUUCAGCCAAGACAAACUGCCUUCCCGGGGCAUUCACUGCUCACCAUAAAAACUUCUCAGAGUCAACUCAAAAUUAUAUCGACAAGUCGGGGCAAAAUUUUGCGUCCAAAAGUGUGAAACAUGAACGUUUCCAAAGUGUUGACUUUCCUCAUACAAAAGAAAUGAUGAAGAUUUUUCAUAAAAAAUUUGGCCUGCAUCAUUUUAGAACUAAUCAACUAGAGGCGAUCAAUGCUGCACUGCUUGGUGAAGACUGCUUCAUCUUAAUGCCCACUGGGGGCGGUAAGAGUCUGUGUUACCAGCUCCCUGCCUGCAUUUCCCCUGGGGUCACUAUUGUCAUCUCGCCCUUGAGAUCGCUAAUUGUUGAUCAAGUCCAGAAGCUGACUUCCCUGGAUAUUCCAGCUACAUACCUGACAGGUGAUAAGACUGACUCAGAAGCUACAAGUAUUUACCUCCAGUUAUCAAAAAAAGAUCCCAUUAUAAAACUUUUAUAUGUUACUCCAGAGAAGGUCUGUGCAAGCAACAGACUGCUUUCUACUCUGGAGAAUCUGUACCAGAGGAAGCUCUUGGCACGUUUCGUUAUAGAUGAAGCACAUUGUGUCAGUCAGUGGGGACAUGACUUUCGUCAAGACUACAAAAGAAUGAAUAUGCUUCGGCAGAAGUUUCCCUUGGUUCCAGUGAUGGCUCUUACUGCCACUGCUAAUCCCAGGGUCCAGAAGGACAUCCUCACUCAGCUGAAGAUUCUCAAACCUCAGGUGUUUAGCAUGAGUUUUAAUAGACAUAAUCUGAAAUACUACGUAUUACCCAAAAAGCCUAAAAAGGUGGCAUUUGAUUGCUUAGAAUGGAUCAGAAAGAAUCACCCAUAUGACUCCGGGAUAAUUUAUUGCCUCUCUAGGCGAGAAUGUGACACAAUGGCUGACACGUUACAGAGAGAUGGGCUCGCUGCUCUAGCUUACCAUGCUGGUCUCAGUGACGGUGCUAGAGAUGAAGUACAGCACAAGUGGAUUAAUCAGGAUGGCUGCCAGGUUAUCUGUGCCACCGUUGCUUUUGGAAUGGGGAUUGACAAACCGGAUGUGCGAUUUGUGAUCCACGCGUCUCUCCCUAAAUCCAUGGAGGGUUACUACCAAGAAUCUGGCAGAGCUGGAAGAGAUGGGGAAAUGUCUCACUGCCUGCUUUUCUACACCUAUCAUGAUGUGACCCGACUGAAAAGACUGAUAUUGAUGGAAAAGGAUGGAAACAAGCAUACAAAAGAGACUCACUUCAAUAAUUUGUACAGCAUGGUCCAUUAUUGUGAAAAUAUAACAGAAUGCAGGAGAAUCCAGCUCUUGGCUUACUUUGGUGAAAAUGAGUUUAAUCCUGAUUUUUGUAAGAAAUACCCAGAUGUUUCUUGUGAUAAUUGCUGCAAAGCAAAGAAUUUUAAGACAAGAGAUGUGACUGAUGAUGUGAAAAAUGUCGUGAGAUUUGUUCAAGAACAUAAUUCACCACAAGGAGUGAGAAGUGUAAAGCAUGCAGGUGCUUCUGGAAGGUUUACUAUGAAUAUGCUGGUUGACAUUUUCCUGGGGAGUAAGAGUGCAAAAAUUCAGUCGGGGAUAUUUGGAAAGGGAUCUGCUUAUUCAAGACACAAUGCUGAGCGACUUUUUAAAAAGCUGAUACUUGACAAGAUUUUAGAUGAGGAAUUAUAUAUCAAUGCCAACGACCAAGCAAUAGCCUAUGUGAUGCCCGGAGCGAACGCCCAAACUGUACUGAAUGGGCACUUACAGGUGGACUUUAUGGAAACGGAAAAUUCCAGCACUGUGAAAAAGCAGAAAGCCUUAGUGGCAAAGGUAUCUCAGAGGGAGGAGAUGGUCAAGAAAUGUCUUGGAGAACUUACAGAAGUCUGCAAAUCUCUGGGCAAAGUGUUUGGUGUCCAUUACUUCAAUAUCUUUAAUACUGCCACCCUCAAGAAGCUUGCAGAAUCUUUAUCGUCUGAUCCUGAGGUUUUGCUUCAAAUUGAUGGUGUGACUGAAGACAAACUGGAAAAAUAUGGUGCGGAAGUGAUUCCAGUCUUACAGAGGUACUCGGAUUGGACACUGCCAGCCGAGGACCCCUCAUCCCUGACAAACGUGCCCGGCAGCCGAGCCUCCUCCGGAAGAAGUGCCCCUGAGGACCUGGAUGACGAAUCAGCCGUGUCUUCUCACUAUUUUGCAAAUAAAGCCAGAAACGAAAGAAAGAGGAAAAGGAUGACCGCCUUCCAGAGGUCGAAGAGGAGGAAAAGUGGCCACAGCGCUUCCACGGCAAAAGGGGCGCACACCACGAGCAGAAAGACAGCCUAUACAACAAAAUCCGCGGACACGUUUGGCUCCGGUCCCGCCUGCCUUGGGGCUCAAACUACCUCAGUAGCCAGUAGGAAACUGGGGAUCAUGGCGCCACCAAAGCCUAAAAAUAGGCCGUUUCUGAAGCCUUCGUAUGCAUUUUCCUAAUGACCACGUCUCGAUGAACACAGAUCCGUUUCUUGUUUGUCAGCCUUGGACCAUCUGUGAAUAUAAAACUGUGAGUCUUGUCACACCAUCGGUAAUUUUUUUACCCGGUAUCUGUUAAUAUUUAAAUAAAUGCUUGGGGUGAUGGUU